CGUCGGCCUACAUUAUUCGCUAUGCCGAGACAAAAAGAGAAAGACUGAGAAGCUGGUGUCCAGCAAUAAGAGUCCUAGAGACUUCAUCAUUCGUACUCAGUAUUGAUAAGAGACGAUUGAGUUAGCAAGGACUCGUCGAGCGGUAUUCAAGUCCUGAAUUUCAGCGAGAGCCGGUUAAAUCACUGAGGUCUCAACGGGCACUACGUUCUUUGAAAUUAAAGUCAAACGAAAGCUGGCUUAACGUUGUGAAUCGUAAAGAAAAUCACCAACUGUCGAUCUAUAAAUUAUCAUGAAACAUUUUAUUUGUCACUUUCGAUUACGAAUGAAAACGAUUUUUGUACGGAUUCGAAAUACGAGCAGAUAAAAACGCUCCUACCGACACAGAGGAAUCGAGGGUUUUAACGUGGACGAAAAAACGCCCGAACGUUUAGUCUCGAAACUCAGCUUCGAUAGUCUCAAGCGAGAAUCAACCUGGCGAACACAAAAAUCAGUUUUUCUACUGAAACAGUUGAAAAUUAUUCGAAUCAAUGAUCCUCUCGCAGUCAAAUUUUUCUUGGGCCCUAAAUUUGUACAAAAAGGUGUGAAAAGUAGAAAAAUUAUUCGAAAUCCGAACAUUUAAUAUUCGCCCAGGGUUUUGAAAAAUAUGAAAAAUUCUUGAAAAACAUUGGACUGUUUGGAAAUAAUAAGAACGAACGAUUUUAUCGUCUUCUUGCAAUCGCAUUGUAUACUGUACAACAUGUUCUCGUUUCAUGAACCUCGACAUAUGCACGUCAGACAGACAGAUUUGAUCGGCGGAUGCUACUAGUUUAGUGUCGGACCCCAUUUAUUCUAUCUCGUUUACUCGUGUGUCCCUCCGUCUUAUGAAUACGUAUAUACUUUGGAGUUAUAACGAAACGAAAACAUGUACACGCUCGAUAUGCAAUGUAACACCAAUUUGACAAUUCGCGAUCGCGACCCUGCCUGAACCUUAAUUCAAAGGCAACAUUCACGCAGGGGCAACGCUCAGUAGUACAUGAAUAUUAUUUUUCAUUUCGUCGCCUCACAAUUGAACGUUUAUCACUUUUAUGCGCUAUGGACGAAGGGAAAUAACGUUUCGUGAAAUUUGACAAAAUGUAGAAAAGCGACUAGUCGAAAGCGUAAUUAUUGUUUAUUCUUUCAACUAUUGAAACGUCAUUAUUUGAUUAUGGGUGUCAUUAUGUUGAGAUUUUUGGUCUUGUAUACUUACAGAGACGAGGGACUCGUUGGGUAAUUCAGAAUUUGUUUUUUUUUUUGAGCGAAUAUUCGAUGAUCGAAUUUUCCAAGCCUUUUUUUCUGCUGUGCUAAAUUUCAGGUUCUCAUCCAGUGACUUAUUUGAAAUAAAAAUUGAGAGUUAUCGCAGCUUUGAAUUUUGAGUAUUGAAAUUGUAUGCUCCAUAUGUUGAGUUUUUGAUAUUUGGCAAAAUGUCCUCGAUCCAUCAGAUCCAUCAUUUUUUUGUGAUUUUCUGUCAAUGUUUUUUAUUUACCCUUUUCGAACGAUCAUACUGGUUUGAAUUGGAAACACAGAGAAUAGGCAAAUUCAAUUGCUUUUCUCAAGUUAGUCCUUUUUUGGCAACUUUCACGAACCUGAUUUUCAUAUUUUAUCACGAAUUUGAGUGUUUUUAAAUCGAAAUUGAUAUUAUUUUUUAUUGUUGAUCGUAAUCUAAAAGUUGGAUUCGAGGCUCAAAUUAAUUCUGCCAAUUACUCCGAGGGCGCCACCAUUCGUAUACCAUUUUUUUUCUAUAAAUUGACAAAUUUUUAUAGACGAUUAUCGAGGAAAAAUCAAUGAGAAAAAUGUAGUUACUCACUAGUUAUUGUAUUGAUCUUUUUAUUUUAGAUUUUAGAAAACACAACCACCCCAAACGUGAUUUAACGUGUUGAGGUGGUUGAGGGAAACAAAUUUGGAGUUCUAGAAGCCCGGAUAAAAUUUUUGUAACAGACUGUACAGCUGGAAAACACGUACAGCCAGCUGAACUUUUAUUGACGACGCGUCAGUUUUAUCAUCAAUAUUUUUCGGGUUUCUGUCCGUUCGUUCGCUUUGGAAAUGAACGAUUAUUUGAAUUUCACAGUUUUCUUGAUUUUGAUACAGAAAAGUGGUGAUUAGAAGGGCUUGGAAUACGGGAAAGUUUACGAUUCGCACUACAUCGUAGAGGUCAAAAUAAUUUCCUACAUAUUAUCGAGCCCGAAGUUGUAUUGACUUCAGGGAUGUUCUUGUUUCGACUCUUAGAUUUUUAAUCUAAAUUUUAAUAUUUCAAAAAUACGAAUGAAAAGUGAAAAUUCCGAAAUUUUUAGCUAUUCAAAAAAUUGUAAAUAAACGAGUGACUGAGAAAGUGAAAACGUGUUUAUAAUCUGCGUUUGCGAGGUCAAUCAAUGCAAGGGCCAGUGACAAAUGUGUUGUUUGUGGCAUCAUUUCUGCAGUCCACAACGCUACUAAGACCAUGUCGAAAGCUAAAAGGAAAAUUUUUUAUUCCUGGGUUUUUUUAACGCGAACGAGACGAUACGAAAUCGGAAAAAACUCUCUUUUUUACAAAAAGAGUCGAUCUCCGAAAGUUGAAGAAUAAACAAAAUUUUAAUUGAUGAAAAUCGUGGUUCAGCAGAAGCAAAUCAGUAUUUGCUGGUUAACCUAUAAACCAAAUAUUUGAUGUAAUCAGGUUUGAAAACUAUUGACAUUCAAAUCACGUGGCUCAUGUCGUUCGUGUCACAUUUGAAAACACUAACGACUAUGCCGUGUGAAUUCGUAUACAAACACGAAUUCAACCUGGAGCGAUUUCAAACUUUUUUUCAAUAAAAAUAUAAAAAUAUCGUCGAUAUUUCAUAAUCGUUGAUACAAAAAUGGGCAAAACUCGAGGAGUUCAUGAGACUACUCCGGAAUUACGAAACCGGAUGGUUGGCAUGUAUGAAGCAGGCUUAGGACUUCGGGAUAUUGCAGCUGCUGUCAAUUGUUCGCAACGAACUGUUAAGCGUUGGCUAAACAGAUUUGACAAAGAAGGAACUGUAGAGACAAGAGAGCGAUGUGGCAGAAAAAGAGCAACAACGACAGAGGAAGACGACGCAAUAAUUCGUUUAGCAACUCAAACUCCCUUGACAGCCGCAAAAGCAGUGCUUCCAGCUCUAGGGCUCACAUGUUCGGUCGAUACAAUCAGAGAAAGGUUGCACAAAGCUGGAAUCCACAAUUGGAGCCCUUCAAGGAAACAUAUGCAGAGGAUACCUUUAGGCGAAGGAGAUAGUGCUACGAUACAGCAAGCAGUUUGGAGACCUACAGGAACACAUCUAGGCAAAAAAAAACUUAUAACUAAAGAAAGCGGCGCUAAAAGUAAAAAGAACAGUGCAACAAAUUUGAAAAAAAAGAACCGAUCUCUUAAAUUACGAGCUCGAGAUGUUUUUGUUGGUGAUGGUGCUCCUGCGGAAAAUCCCAAACAGUCUGCAGAACCAGUGGAAUUUGUUUUUUCGCAACAAGAGAUAACCCAGAAUUUGGCACCUGUAAACAACGAUUUACCCAACAAUUCUUUGUUGGAUAACCAAACUCAAUUCAAUAGUAGUCUCAGUCUUGUUCAGUCCUCUCAACCAGAAGUUUAUCAACAUCAUUCAGGUUUGAAUGUCACACAGAAUUGGCCCCUCGAUUUGGUUCAAGGCAGUCAUCAUUAUCCUCAGGGUCAACCACGAUCGAUGAGUCACGAACAACCUCCUCCGCAGCAACAUUUGCAAGAACUGCAUACUCAACGAGAGCAGGAACAUCGAGUGCAACAUCAACAACAGAUACAGCAACAGGAAGUUCAUAAUCAACAAAUGCAUACUCAUCAUCAAAGUCUCGAGCAGCUUCAGACUCAGCAUCAUCCACUAGAGUCGCGAGUUCACCAGCAGCAGCAGCAGCAGCAGCAGCAGCAGCAGCAGCAGCAGCAAGUAAGCUCAGAGCUGGAAAUUGCCUCGACGAAAGAUCGUCAUGAGAAGAUUAUCCGAUCGGAUAGUUGUUCAAACUCGAGUAGCUCGAACGACCAAUUGUCCGACAUGGACGAUCUCAGCAGAGACGAUUCCAGGGACGAUAUUGAAGAAUCUCACUCGAAUCACAAAAAGAGAAAAAAAAAAGGUGGUAAAGCAAAAGGAACGCUGGAAACAAGUGUUGAGAUAAGGAAUCGUAUGAUUGGCAUGUCCGAAGCUGGCUUGUCCACUCUUUCCAUUGCUUUAGCAAUUAAUAGAUCCGAAAGAACCGUCAAGAGGUGGCUGGAACGUUGGAACAAAGAGGGCAAUGUUCAAACUAAAGAAAGAAAAGGUCGUAGACGAAUUACCACAAAGGAACAGGAUGAUGCUAUCAUUGCUAUGGCCACUCAACAUCCGCUGACUGCUGCUAAACAUGUUGCUCCUGCUCUUGGACUCAACUGCAGCGUUGAUACUAUACGCGAAAGGCUCCACAAAGCUGGUAUACAUAGUUGGAAACUUGGCAAGAAACAAGGAGAAGGCAACGCUGUUCAUACCGUACAUCUAUGGCAACCAAGUGGAAACAGACCUAACAAGCUGAAGGCCAAAAAUGAAAAGAGAAAAAAAUCGUCUUCAGACAAAAAGCCAACUCCAUCUUCGAAUACGACCCCCAAAAAGAUUCAGCAAAAGAAAAAACCUAUUGAAAUUGAAGAAUCGGAAAUUGUCCAACCUCCGCCAGUAAUGAUCGCGUCACAACCUGCUAUACAAUUCCACGAUAAUGGUCCCUUGGCGAAUUAUGUUCCAGGUGGGGAAAUGAUACAGUCGGUGCACAAUUUAUCAGCAUCGUUAGUUCCGUUGUCGACUGGUCCGCAAAUUUCAUCAUCUGUGCCGCAAACGAUGCAAAUAAUGGGACCGAUAAUGCAGCAAAGACAAGAUUGCCGAAUGGCUAAUUCGGUGAUACAGCACGAGCAAACAAAUCCGUCAGUUGUUUAUCCAUCGUGUAUGGUAAACGCUGCAAACAAUCACAUGGAUCACCCAGAUCCGUUGAAUUACGAGCCCUACAUUUGGAGCUUUUAGGACAUCUCGGGGAGUCUUCCGAGCUCGAUCUCGAAAUCUGCGAUAUUUCUCGAUUAAAGAAACACGUGAAAAUUGUACAAUUAUGUGUACCGGUGAUACACUUUGUAAAUAUUCAACAUAUCAUUGAGCGUUCCAUUCUUGAAUCGCCAAAAAGUGUGAACGAGAGAAAAAAACACCGUUCCAUUUAUCGUUGUGAGGCGUGAGGUGUCAACGAUUUUCUGUUACGUGCAAGCGUAAAAUUGAGUUUUUCUCUCUUUUUUAAUAUUUCGUGUACGCAUCAUAUGUGUAGCAAACUUCAAAAGUAUUAUAGAACCCGGUGAUACAUCAUAUUAUAUAUUAGUAUUAUAUGAAUAUACACAUCAGUAAUGAUAAUUUUUAUAUUACACCAGAGAACAAAAUGAAAAAACGUUCAGAAGAUA